AUGCCUACCAAACCCUCCAACACAUCCUCUGUACGGACAGGGGACAUGCCGAAGAAGGUGCACAUAGCCGACACCCCCAUCACCCUGCGCAACUGGCACCAACACAUUGACUGGCUCAAUGUCAUCAUGAUCAUCGGCAUUCCGCUCUACGGCUGCAUCCAAGCCUUCUGGGUUCCCCUGCAACUCAAGACCGCCAUCUGGGCCAUCGCCUACUAUUUCUUCACCGGCCUAGGCAUCACCGCCGGCUACCACCGCCUCUGGUCCCACAGCUCCUACUCCGCAGCCCUGCCGCUCCGCAUCUGGCUCGCCGCCGCCGGGGGCGGAGCCGUCGAGGGCUCCGCGCGAUGGUGGUCCCGGCUGCACCGGGCGCACCACCGGUACACCGACACCGACCAAGACCCGUACUCGGUGAACAAGGGCCUGUUUUACUCGCACUUCGGGUGGAUGAUCUUGAAACAAAACCCGAAGCGGAUCGGACGAACGGACAUUUCCGAUCUGAACGAGGACCCCGUGGUGGUAUGGCAGCACCGACACUACCUCCUCGUGGUGGCGGUGAUGGGCAUGGGGGUGCCGAUGCUGGGCGCGGGCCUCUGGGGCGACUGGUGGGGCGGGUUCAUCUACGCGGGGAUCCUGCGCAUCUUCUUCGUGCAGCAGGCGACCUUUUGCAUCAACUCGCUGGCCCACUGGCUGGGCGAGCAGCCCUUUGACGACCGCAACUCCCCGCGUGACCAUGCCAUCACCGCCCUCGCGACCCUGGGUGAGGGUUACCAUAACUUCCAUCACGAGUUUCCCUCGGAUUAUCGCAAUGCGAUCCAGUGGUAUCAGUAUGACCCGACGAAGUGGAUGAUCUGGCUGUGGAAGCAGAUGGGGCUGGCGUAUGAUUUGAAGGUGUUCCGUGCGAAUGAGAUCGAGAAGGGAAGGGUGCAGCAGAUGCAGAAGAAGGUCGAUCAGCGGCGCGCGAGGUUGGACUGGGGUACGCCUAUCGCCGAUUUGCCUGUGUUGGAGUGGGAGGAGUAUGUGGAGUUGGCGAAGGAUCGGGCCCUGGUUGCGGUGGCCGGGGUGGUGCAUGAUGUGAGCCAGUUUGUGGAGGAGCAUCCCGGUGGACGGGCAAUGAUCAAGGCUGGGAUUGGAAAGGAUGCGACGGCUAUGUUCAAUGGAGGCGUGUAUUAUCAUUCAAAUGCAGCGCAUAAUCUUCUGUCGAUGAUGCGCGUCGGGGUGAUUCGUGGUGGGAGUGAGGUGGAGAUAUUGAAGCAGUCGCGGAAGGGGGAGUAG